UUUCGGGUAAACUUGGUUUGCAGUGUAUAAUUAAACAAAAAAUAAUUUAAAACAAAACAAACGCAAACGCCCCGCGUCGUAGUUUUCGAUCAAAGAAGUUUUAUUAAAUUCCAUUAAUUCAGAUCAUCAAGUUUAUAAAUGGACAUAACAACUAAAAACUUCAUUGGUCAGUUGCCGGCGAUUCGUCAAACUAUCCGGGAGGCCAACUUCUUUGCAAUUGAUGGCGAAUUCACUGGACUCACGUUGGAUCAGAAUGUUCUGCCCUUCGAUACACCGGAGGAGGUGUACCUAAAGACGAUCGAAAAUUCGGCUGAUUUCAUCAUCAUCCAGCUGGGGUUGUGCGCCUUUCAGGUUCACCCGGAAAGUGGGAAAGUUAGCUACAAAUGCUACAACUUCUACUGUUAUCCGAAGGGACGCGUGCAUAUAUUCACCUGUCAAGGAGAAAGUAUGCGUUUUCUUGCCGAACACGGGUUUGAUUUCAACAAGUUGUUCCGGGAAGGAUUGUCUUACUGUGGCGAGGCGGAAGAGGAGCGACUUAGAGCCGAGUGUAAGGAUAAGCAAGCACUACGAGCAGCAGCACUCGAUGCAAAAGAAGAAGAAAACGGAGAAAAUGAUUCGCUGAACUUGGUUCCGGUUCCACCGGAAGAAGAAAAGUGGAUGGGAGAUAUCAGCAAAAGAAUCGACGAGUUCCUUAAAUCGGAUGAAAAGGAUUGUACGAUAACGAACUGUAAUGGGUUUCAACGGAAGCUGGUUUAUCAGAUGAUUGAUUCACAGUUCAAAAAAGCUGUUUCUGCUUCUUCUGUUAGCUUGGAAAACGGUCACAAAGCCAUUUUAGUUGAACGUAAAAGAACGAAGGAACAAGAUCUUAAACUGGAGGAAGAGCGUGUUGUUCAGGAGAAUGAAAGUUUGGAGCAAAUGGUUGGUCUCUCGCUCGUUAUGCAGGAGUUGUCAAAGGCGAAAAAAUUAAUCAUUGGUCACAACAUGCUGUUGGAUUUACUGUUUGUAAUUCGGCAGUUCUUCAGGCCGCUAACACCGAAUUAUCAGGACUUUAAGAAGGUCGUUAGGGAGCUUUUUCCUCUGAUCUUAGAUACAAAAUACCUAUGCACAAAUGGAGAAAUUAAAACGCACGUUUACUCGUCAGUCUUGGGGCACGUAUUUGAAGCAGUCAAUAAGGCGCCCUUCAACAUACCGGAGGUGAUCUGCGAAUCUGAGAAUCACAAGUGUUCUACAGAUCAUAUGAAACAGCACGAUGCAGGGUAUGAUGCUUACUUGACUGGCAUGUGCUUUCUGGGAUUAUCGAGUCUCUUGAAGGUUGACCUUAAGAAUUUAACACGUGAUCCGGUACUCAAGACUUAUUUCAAUAAAAUAUUUUUACUACGUGUUUCCGAAGUAAACUAUAUUUACACACAUGGAAAGGAGCCAUCAUUUUCACGAGAACACGUCUUCUUCGUUUUAUUUCCGGAGAACUGGCGCCAUGUUGACAUUGUGAAUCGCUUCCGCGACUAUGGUCAAGUGCACGUAAAAUGGGUCAAUAGCACUUCUGCGUUUGUCACUCUACACAAUCGUGACUACGCCAGUCACGUGAUCAAAAGCAUUGACAAAGCGAACAUCUCCAUUUGCACUCUAAAUCAGUUUAAGGCCAAACAGCAAUCGGCUGGGGUUAAACGGAGACACGAUAGUGAUACUGCCGACCCUGGACACCUCCAUUCUCAUCACCGGCAGCGAAAAGGCAAAACCGAAAAAGAAGAAAAAUCGGCAGCGCUAGUUCCACCGAAGGUAACUGCGGACGAAGUGGCUUUAUUCGGUUCGGCUAGUAAACCGAAAAAGGCCAAAAAAGGACCCUUUGCGGAUGACGAUAACUGGUGAGCAAUUUCAUGUUAAACGUUGUCAGUACCUAUAUUUUGUAUACAGGCUUGACCGUUUUAUUCAUAAACUUCGCAAAUCUGUUUUAUAUAACCUAAGGCGCUCCGAACAUGCAAUAAUACACCCAGAGAUUUUUUUUUA